AUGUCAGACGACGAUAUAGCUAUGGAUUCCAUAGAUACUGAUGAAGAUAUUUUUAGUUCUCACAAUUCUACUCUUCGUAAUAAUGUACGAAGAUCUAAAAAUGCUCGUACAUUGCGAUCACAUUCUAGUAAUAACUCUCUUAUCACCAGAAAUAAUUUAAGUGUCCGAAGAAGUACUCGAAAUAGAAUGCAAACUUAUGACAAUUUGAAUACUAGUUGGAUUUUAGGGACUCAAACUUUAAAAGGAUACCCAAUGUUUCAGCAACAUGUAUCUUCAUCAGACAAAGAAAUGGCAGAAGAAUCACCUAGUAGGCCACGAGAUAUUCGAGAGCGUAUGCCUUUAAAAUCUAGAGAAAAUCAUCACCCUACAAAAAAUACACGACACAUUAGAAGUAGAGUAGAUCUUACUAAUAGAGAACUUCGAACCAGAGUCGAUAGAGAUCGAGAGAGAGAAAUUCGUAAAAAUACUGAUCAAGAUAUUGAUGAAAUAGAUCUUCGUCAACUAAAAGAUCGGCCAGAUCGAAAAUCUAAUGAUAAGGAUGUGAAAUAUAAAAGCGGAAACCGAAAUAAAAUAAUAGUUUCAGUUGAUAAUGAAAAAGAAUUAGAACCACAAAAAUCCGAUGGUCCUAUUAGAUCAAGGGAAGGUCCAAUAACUAGAUUAUGUGGUAUGUUGGAAAAAGAUGAAACAAACAAAGUUUCUUCAAAUAGUGUCAAUGAAGAUAGUUCUCAUGAAAGCGAUAAGCAAGUAGAAAAUGGAAACUCUGAUAAUGACAUUGGUUUUGAAGAUAUGUAUACCCGAAUUAAAAGAACGAGAAGAGCAUCCCAAAGACAAUUAGAGCGUAAUAAAAAAUUAUCAGAAGAGAGCGAUUUAAGUGAAUCAUCUGAUUCACCUGGACCCCGAAAGUACAGUCUUCGUAAAAAAAAACCAACCGUAGAUAGAUUUCAAGCAAAUGUCGAACCAGUUAGACGUUCUAUUAGAGCACUUAGAACAGUUCUCAGUAACUCCAUGAGACGACGUAAGCAUAGAAGCAAAAGUUCUAGUUCAAAUGAUUCUAGUGAUUCUGAACCGCAACGAUAUGAUAAAAAAAAGUGUAAAAAAGUAAGACAAAAUGCUUUACCACAAGGUUGUCCUACAGAUAAAAAAGCGGAUAUAAGCCCCAUUACGUUAGAUACUAAUAUUCGGUUUAGUGAUGUUGGUGGGUUAGAAUCACACGUUCAUUGUCUUAAAGAAAUGGUUGUAUUUCCUAUGAUGUAUUCAGAUGUCUUUGAUAGAUUUCAUAUUACACCGCCUAAAGGAGUUCUUUUUUACGGUCCACCGGGAACUGGAAAAACUCUUAUUGCUCGAGCUUUAGCAAAUGAAUUCAGUCAACAAGGAAAUAGAAAAGUCACGUUUUUUAUGCGAAAAGGUGCAGAUUGUUUAUCUAAAUGGGUUGGUGAAUCAGAAAGACAGCUUCGUCUUCUCUUUGAACAGGCUCAACAGAUGAAGCCAUCCAUAAUUUUUUUUGAUGAGAUUGAUGGUCUUGCACCUGUUAGAAGCACUAAACAAGACCAAAUUCAUGCAAGUAUUGUGUCGACAUUGCUUGCACUUAUGGAUGGUUUAAGUGAUCGAGGUGAAGUUGUCGUCAUAGGUGCGACUAAUCGUAUCGAUGCAAUCGAUCCGGCUUUAAGAAGACCUGGAAGAUUCGAUCGAGAAUUGUUUUUCCCUUUACCUGCAAUGAAAGAAAGGUUAGAAAUUUUAAAAAUUCAUGUUGGUCAAUGGAAAAAUCCACCUUCCGAUGGGCUACUGGAAUUAUUGGCAGAAAUGACAACAGGCUAUUGCGGGUCAGAUUUACGAGCUCUUUGUACAGAAGCAGUGUUACAAGGUCUAAGAAGAACCUAUCCUCAGAUUUAUUUGACUAGUAAUCGCCUACUUUUAGAUCCACAGCGAGUUGAAAUUAAACAGCAAGAUUUUAUUGAAGCGGCAUCAAUUUUAGUGCCAUCUACACACAGAAUUGCUCCGAGUAUUAGCAGAAAACUUCAAUCAUUUCUUAUUCCUCUUCUUGGUAAUGCUCUUGAAGAUUUAAUUAAUGUUGUCAAAGUAAUUUUUCCACAAGGUAUUAACUCAACUCUGGCCAAAAUAAAACUUGCUAAAGGUUUACAUCAUCCAAGAAUGUUGGUCACCUGUGAUAGUAUGUCAUAUGGUCAAAGUCCUAAGUUAACUCAAGCUCUACUUUAUCGUAUGGAGCACGUUUUCGUUCAGCCCCUAGAUGUUAGUACUUUAUUUGCAGAAAGUGCAAAAACCCCAGAAGAAAUUUGUGUUCAAGUAUUUAAUGAAGCUUCUAGAAAAAUACCUUCAAUAAUUUAUAUCCAUUCCAUUGAUCAAUGGUGGCAACUAUUACCAGAAACUGUCAAAGCAGUUUUUAUGUGUCGUAUUACUACCCUAGAUCCAAGUCUCCCGAUUCUUAUCCUUGCAACAAGUGAUGUUCCAUAUUCCGAUUUAGUUCCUCAAAUAAAAAAUCUUUUCAGUCGAUCUCGCGGAGAAGUUUAUACAAUUAAAAAUCCUACUGUUGAACAAAGAUCGGAAUUUUUUAAACCAAUAUUUACAGAAAAAUGUGUUCAGCCACCUAUUUUGAUUGAUAAUAAGGUUCAAAAACUUGAAGAAUUACCUCUAGCACCUGAACCCGAACCAAAGAAGUUGACUGAAGGCGAGAAAAAAAUCUUAUACGAAAAAGAGGAAGUUUCUUUACGAGAAUUAAGAAUCUUUCUUAGGGAAAUUUGUGCUAAAUUGGCACGAAAUAGACAAUUUUUCAUGUUUACGAAACCAGUGGAUAUAGAAGAGGUACCAGAUUAUAAUGCUAUCAUAAAACAACCAAUGGAUUUAGAGACUAUGAUGACGAAAAUCGACAUGCAUUGCUAUUUAUGCGCCCGUGAUUUUCUUGAUGACAUUGAUUUGAUUUGCAAGAACGCGCUUGAAUAUAAUCCUGAUAGAGAUCCAGCUGAUAAACUUAUUCGUCAUCGAGCGUGUUCAUUACGAGAUCAUGCAUACGCUCUUAUAAAAGCUGAACUAGAUUCUGACUUUGAAGAUAAAUGUAGAGAAAUAUCAAAAAGUCGAAUGGUACCAAAAAUUGCAGAUGAUGAGUCGGUAAAAAAUGAAAGCUUUAUUAUAAAUGAAAAAAAUGUUAAAAAAGAAAUGUUGAGCCCGAGUGGAUCAGUGGUGAUUAAUGGUCGAAAAGUAAGCUCUAGAAAACGAAAAAUUCCAGCUUGGGCGCGGGGAUACGUUAAAAAAGUUACAAAAAAGAAAAAAAUUAUGUUUGAUGAUAAUCCUGCAGAGUCAAAUGAAAAGCCUUGUUCAGUAUCAUCUAAUAAUGGAAUUCGAAACGUCGAUUUAGAAAAAUUCCAAGAGUUUGUAGCCAAUCGAGUAUUGAAUGGCGACACGACAUUAUACGAUAACACAGAAUCUGAAAAUGAUUCAUUAAAUGAGACUAUAAGAGAAGUAAAAAAUAAUGCGAAUUGUGAAGUUACGAUAGAACAAUCAUCAGUUGAUGUAGAAGUAUCCCCUGUAAAUGAACAAGUAUCAAUAGAAAAUGGCGAACCAAACGUAGUUUCUUCAAAUGAAAAAUUAGGAAAUGCUAGUUUAACGGUCGACUGUGAUCAUGAACAAUCCAAACUAAAAGAAAUGGAUGUCGUAAUGAUUGACAAAGCUAAACUUGAAAGUAUGUGGAAAUAUACCGUGGAUGUAACUAGUAAACUUUCUAUAGAAGAGCUUUGCGACAUUUACGUACAAUUUAGUAGAUGUGUUAGUACGUAUGAUCACACAUAUGAUCGAAAAUCACUGCCAAAGGAUUUGCUCAGGAAUUUACAACAGUUCAAAAAUAUUUCAAAUAAAACAGCUGACUUUACAAUGGAUGUCGAUAUUUAA